GCCUUGGGGGAGGGGAAGCUGGGGGGGCUGAUACUGGGAGGAACUGGAGAUCGCGAAACCGAACCAGCACCGCGACGGGGGUGACUCCAGCAGCCUCGAUGGAGCCGGUCUUUGAAGCGGAGUUGCGGGUAACGAGUUACCGGUGUCUUAACUGAUGCCCCUGAGGCUCCAGCCCUUAGGGCGUCGCGGGGGAUGCGGAGGGGAGCUCUGCGGCCUUCCCUGUCUCCUGCACACCGCUGGUGCUGGAAGGGAGAUAUCCAGGUUGUUACAAAAGGAUGCAGAGCAGGAAUCCCAAAUGAGAGCUGAAAUUCACAACAUGAAGCAAGAACUCUCAACCAUUAGUAUGAUGGAUGAGUUUGCUAGAUAUGCCCGUCUGGAAAGAAAGAUUAACAAAAUGACUGACAAGCUUAAAACUCAUGUGAAAGCACGAACUGCCCAAUUAGCCAAAAUAAAGUGGGUCAUAAAUAUUGUAUUCUACAUCUUACAAGCUGCCUUGAUGAUCUCUCUGAUUUGGAAGUACUAUUCUGAGCCGGUUACGGUGCUUCCAAGCAAAUGGCUUGCUCCACUGGAGCGCUUGGUAGCCUUUCCUACCGGGGUGGCAGGUGGUGUUGGAAUUACAUGUUGGCUUGUGGUUUGUAAUAAAGUUGUAGCUAUCAUGCUACACCCUUUCAGCUGAAGGAAUCCCAGUAAUCCACAGAGUCCUCAACUACAUUUUCAUUAUUGCUGUUUUAAAUGAAUAAAAAAAAAAAAGGAACAGUUGUCUUUCAUGAGACUAGGUCUGAGAUAAUCUUUGUUACUUCAUUUACAUCUGAUUCAUGGCAGAACCGUAAGAAUUUGUCAUGGCAUAUAUUCACCAAAAUUGGAACAUGUUGGAUUUGUAGUUUUAAGUUGGAAAUACACUGGCAUUAGGAAUUACUUGGGGAGCUUUUCUCUUUCUUUGCUGUAUAAUAUGGUAGUUUCACCCAAAGGUGGGAUUAUAUUUGGUGCAAGUGGUACUAGAGGAUAGAGGUAGGUGGUUUGGUUGGCUUAGGGUAGAACAGAAUUUGUUUCCUCCCUGCUAUUUUUUACAAUAGAAUUGGUGUAUUCUUGGGCUGUCUUAGAAAAUGCGUUAUUGGUAUAUACGCGGAAUCAAGAUUUUAUCUCCUGAGACUCACUCAGUUGCCUAAUGCAGGAUGGCUGGAUACUUUUUCCUCCCUGACUUUUAAAACUCAUUGAACACUUGAAUUUUUUCCUACUUUUAUUGAUAACUGACCUUUCCUUCCUUGAUAUUUUUUCUGCUUCCCAAACUGAGUGAGGAUCACUGAAACUGUUUCUUUGCAUGUUUUGGGAGGAAAGAUCUGGCCAACAUUCUGAAGCUCCAUGUUAGUAAAGAGAAAGUAGAAGAUGGUGCUGUUCCUUCAGAGGACUACAUUUCUAAGGGGUUUAGCAUACAUUAAUGACAAUCCAGGAUAGCCCAAAACAGCUAUGUAAAUGUAAAAAGGCAAAUUGGUGAUUUAAAUGUCUGAAGUAGUAACAGAAUGGCAGCAAGCAGGAGAAGGAGGGAAAACAAUUUUCUGUUUUGGAGUAAAUCCUUCUUGCUGUAUUUAGAUACAGGAAACAGCCACAAUAUUUUGCAUUUAAAGGAGGACAGAAUUCUUCCUAGUACUGUGCCUGUAGAGCAGUGACAAAGUUGCAUUAUCUUCCACACUACAGUGAUCUGCAACCCUGUCCUUGCUGCCCCAUAAGACAAAUGGGUGGGUUUGUGAAGUUCUUGUUCCACAACUCCGGGUUUUUUUUAUGUGAGCCUGAACAAAGCUCUAGGGGACACCUCUCCCUCUUUUGCUGGGCUUUGGUGGUUCUGGCUCAGCUUCCCACUCUGUACAGUGGAAUGCAUCUGUUAUGUUAGUUCAGGUCCUUUGCCUUCCUGCAGGAAGGAAGGGGCUGGGGCCCCUCCAUAAUUAGCACCGCAUUUAGAAAUCAGUUCAAAAGGUCAUGGUAUAUUGUGUGUAUGUAUGCAUGAAAUGUGUUUGGUUUUUUUUAAAUGUUAAUUUAAAAAAAAAAAUUGGUUUUGUAUUAGGGAUUACAUUUAGCCAACAUGAAAAGAGAUGCAUUAAAUAUCAUCAAGAAAAAAAAAUGUUGUGAUUGAAUGUUAUGUAUAUUUGUGUUUUCAUUAACAAAAUAAAGCUUUUCAACCCA